CAGACCUGAACUUUGUGCUGUAGUUUGUGGAAGACUAGGAGAAAGUAAGUGCUGCUCCGGCAAGCGCAACCCCUUUCUUCUUUCAACCUGCAGCCCAGAAUACUGAUUCGAGCCGCGCCUUACCGCGCAGCCCGAAGAUUCACCAUGGUGAAGAUCGCCUUCAAUACCCCCACGGCGGUGCAAAAGGAGGAGGCGAGACAAGAUGUGGAGGCACUAGUGAGCCGCACAGUCCGAGCUCAAAUCCUGACUGGCAAGGAGCUCAGAGUUGCCGCACAGGAGAAAGAUGGCUCUUCUGGGAGAUGUAUGCUUACUCUCCUAGGCCUCUCAUUCAUUUUAGCAGGACUGAUUGUUGGUGGAGCCUGCAUUUACAAGUACUUCAUGCCCAAGAGCACCAUUUACCAUGGUGAGAUGUGCUUCUUUGAUUCGGAAGAUCCUGUAAAUUCCAUUCAUGGAGGAGAGCCAUACUUUCUGCCUGUGACUGAGGAGGCUGAUAUUCGUGAGGAUGACAACAUUGCAAUCAUUGACGUGCCUGUUCCGAGCUUCUCAGAUAGUGAUCCUGCAGCAAUUAUUCAUGACUUUGAGAAGGGAAUGACUGCUUACCUGGACUUGCUUUUGGGAAACUGUUAUCUGAUGCCCCUAAAUACUUCCAUUGUUAUGACUCCAAAGAAUCUGGUGGAGCUUUUUGGCAAACUGGCAAGUGGGAAGUAUUUGCCUCACACUUAUGUGGUUCGUGAAGACCUGGUUGCUGUGGAAGAAAUCCGUGAUGUUAGUAACCUUGGUAUUUUUAUUUACCAACUUUGCAACAACCGAAAAUCCUUCCGCCUUAGACGCCGAGACCUCUUGCUGGGUUUCAACAAGCGAGCCAUUGACAAAUGCUGGAAGAUAAGACACUUCCCCAAUGAAUUCAUUGUUGAAACAAAGAUCUGUCAGGAGUGAAGAGUGACAGAUAAAGAGUACCCUUGGUAAUAAGAAGUCAGAAACUUACAGUCUGACUUUGAUAUUAAAGCUCAUGGGAUACUCAAGAUAUUUACUCAUGCAUUUACUCUUUUGCUUAUACUGGAAAAGGAAAGAGGGGAGAAAACUACUAACCACUGCAAGCUAUGGUCAAACUCUAGUUUGAUUGACAUUGCUUGCUGUUUGAAACAAAUUAAAUGAUUAUCUUUUGUUUUGAAUUUAUAGGGUUUAGAUUUCUGAAAGCAGCAUUAAUAUGUCAUCUAACAUCCUGACAAUAAAAUCCAUCUUCUGUUUUAAUUUAAAGCAAGCUUUUGACAAACUCACAUGGAUUGAGCGUGCUUUAAAUUGAAAAUAUUUGAAAUUGUGUUUGACAUUUUUGUGUGAAGCAUGUCAAAUCUCUUAGCAUUGUUUUGUUUUCUUCUUCAUUUUUUUCAACUCUCCUGAUUUCAGAAGUUACAUUUUUGCGUUUCUAUCAGGUGCUCUGUAAUGAAUCUGACUUAUAUGUGAACAAUAUUCAUGAGGAAGCAAUUUUUUACUCAUGUAAGAAUUCUUUCUCACUGAUAUCUGUAUUGUGAAAUCCACAAAACUGUACAGGUGCUGAAUGCUGUAAGGAGUUCUGGUUGUAUGAAUUCUACAACCCUAUAAUAAAGUUUACCAUAUUCAA